CCAAGUACUCAUCUGACAUCUCUACUGCCGCAAGGGAGCAACUCAGAGGCUAUUGACUACACCCGUAUCAUGGUCGAGCUACAGUCCCAUGGCGGCAGCUUUGUGCAUGAGAGGACACACUGUGACGAGGAUGGCUACUACUUUCUCAUGCCUCCUUCCCUCCAGGAGACCUUCGUCAUCGCCCUACGUGCCCCUCCCGGCUGGUCCGUUGAUUCGCCCAAGAUGGUGGUUGUUGAUGCUAUCUCCUGCAAUGCGGGCAAUGACGUAGAUUUCCACAUUCACGGGUUUGGCAUCUCAGGCCGCAUACUCAGUCACUCGCCAGCAGCAACAGAAGCAAGAAAAGGCUCAGCAGAAACAGGAGCAGACUCAGCAGGCGGAGCACCCCUGACAGGGCCUGCUGGUAUCGUUGUAACCCUGCAACCCGCUCCCGGAACAAAUGGAAUCAGCAGCAGCAGUAGCGGCAGUGAUAGAAAAGAGGAGGGGGGGUCACAGCAGCAGCAGCUACAAGAGCAGCAGGUGGCAGCAACGGCUGUCACAGACGACAGUGGUGUUUUCAGCUUCACAGGCCUUCCCGUGGGAGCAUACGAGCUGUCCGCCUCACACCCUCUGUGGACCAUCCAGCCCCUCGCUACAAGCACACUCGAUUCAAAAACCGCUGAAUCUGCUCAGUCGACCACACGUGCCAGUGCAAGCGCCCCAGUGCGUGUGGAGGUGGAGGUGGGAUGGGGCUCCAAGGACGAGGGGCCUCUCUUCUAUGUGGCCACCUACGCUCCCACUGCCUCUAAGCUGGAAACUGCUUUGGUGACAGGCAGUGGCAGAGUCGAGGACGGGGAGGGCCGUGGGGUGGAGGGGGCGACAGUGAUGGUGGAUGGGCUUUCAGUGGCUGUGACAGACGCUCUGGGCGACUAUUCCUUCACAUUCCCCACCUCCCUCCUCUCAUCUGCACCCCUCCACCACCCCCCCUCUGCAACACCCAUCCCGCCUCCCACUCCUCCCACUCCGCCCCCUCCUUCCCCACCUCUCCCCACCACUCACACCAUAUCAGCAGUCCGACCCCUCUAUGUCUUCCCAACCCUUUCAAACAUCACCCUCCCUCCUGCUCCUGCUACCGCCACUGCUGCUACUGAUGAUGCCAAAGCCACCACCGAUGCAAGCGAAACAGAAGCUGCCGCGCUAACUGCCAUUUCCCUGCCGCCCAUCCGUGCCACCCGGUAUGCGCUGUGCGGGCGCGUGGAGAUGGACCCGGGCGGCGAGUCGUCCUUUGUGCCGUGGCGGCGGGUGGAGCUAAGCCGAGCUGGCGAUUUCGACUGGCAGGAGGCGGGCAGGAGUGUGGCUCCGGUGAUUGCUGAGGCGGACAAGGAUGGCCGGUUCUGCUUCAUGGUGCCACGUGGCAGCUACCAAUUGGUGCCUGAGAUUAGCCCAGAUGAGGUGGCAGCAGGGCUGGUCUUCUCCCCCUCUAUAGAGGAAUCCGUUACUGUCACAUCUGCCCCCGUCACAAACAUAGUCUUCAAACAGUCACACCUGUUCAUAUCAGGCAAGGUGCGGUGCCUGCAGGGGUGUGACUCAACCGUUUCAGUCACACUCUGGGCUCUCACAGACAAUGGGGCAGAUGAACGGGCAGAUGAACGGGCAGAUGGAGAGACGGAGCAGCAGCAGGGCACGUUUUUACAACGGGUGGCCGAUGCAGCUCCCAGCAAUAAUGCCACUGCCUGCUGGGAGGAGUACGCACGUCAACAAAAUGCUCCCAUCCCCCACUUCGUCCCCCCUCCCACUCCCCCCUUUCCCUCCACACAAAAGGCUCGUAAGACUCCCGCCACUGCCACCGCUCUGCAGAGCGGCGAGUGGUGCUGGGAGGAGGAGGGCCGCACUGACGUGGCGGUGUUUGAUUCGCCCGUGACGAACGUACAGCUGGCGCAGCGCGGGUGGCGUAUGGUGGUGCGGGCGGCAAUGGACGACAGGUUCACGUUGACUCACGGGGAAUAUGACCCCACUGACUUCUCUGUCUCGCCUGGAGUGCAGGAGUUCUGUGUGGAGUCCCCAGGAGAGUACACCCUCGCCAUGUCCCACGCCUGUGCCUACUACGGGGCUCUGUCUUUCUCCUUCCACACGCGCCAGCCCCAGCCCAUCAUCCUGACUCCCACGGCCUAUCGAGUCUCUGGCCCCGUUUUCCUCAACACCUCCCUCCUCCCGCCAUCGCUCUCCCACCUUUCUCUCGAAGCAAGCAUUGUCGCACGCAUCAGUGGGAAUGGCGGUGGGGGUGACAGCUACGGCUCUCUCUCAGUGCGCCGCCCACCAUCCAGGGAGGACCCUCUGGCAAUUUAUGAGCAGUGUCUCAAAACACUUCUUCAAUCACGUGUUUCGUCUCCAGUGUCUCAAAACACUUCUUCAAUCACGUGGCAAUCCACUCCAGUGCUCAUCAUCCUUAUCGUGCCUCUGCUUCCUUGCCGCCCACUCCUCUCUUCUCCUUUUCUUCCCUAUGCCGUGCAGUCCUAUUGGCUUGAACCACACGCCAGUCUCGUGCUCUCUCUCCACCACUCGGGCUUCCCAUCCGCACCUCUCACACUCUCAUCCACUGCUGAUGCUGCUGCUAGUGCUGCUGCUAGUGCUGCUGCUAGUGCUGCUGCUAGUGAUGAUGCUGCUGCUGAUGUUAAUGCUGGGGAGGUGGAAGCAGGGGAGGUGGAUAUUAGGGAGGUGGAUUUAGGGGAGGGGUGGGAGCAGGAAGUGCAGGGGGGGCAAGAAUUUGGCGAGGGAAACUUGGAAGCAGGGAUUUCGUCUGCAAGGUGA